AUGUCAUUCGACAGUGAUGCGCGCGUGCACGGCGUGGUCGAAAGACGCGUCAUCCAAAUACCGAGCGCACGGUACGCCAAAUACACAUUGACAUCACCUCUUACCUUACCUCCAACAGCCUCUAACGCCGCCGAACUUUCGUUCGCGGCAGAACACCGUCGCCCGGUGACAUGCAUAACAACUCGCGCAAUUUCUGCAGAGGAAAUUCGUAAGGGCCGCUUAUCUCCCAAGGAUUUGCAGAAAUGCCUCGAAGCCCUCCACCAGGACGGCAUCGUGAUCUUGGAAGACGCGGUUUCUCUAGAGUCCCUUGACGCGCACAUCGCCCGUAUGACGCCCGAAGCCAUCAGGCCCCACGGCCAGGCCGAUACGACCUUCAAUUUCGGCUCCGCAGCGCAAAACACACAGCAGGAGCCGCUACCUGCACCGGACAUGCUGUUCCAAGACGUCCUCUGCAACCGGUAUGCGAGCCAGGUGAUCAAGUAUGCCCUAGGCCCAGAGCCCGUCCUUAGGUUCGAACGCCGAGCCCUUGGUGAAAAGGCUUUACAAUGCCGGCGACCCUGA